AUGUCGGACAUGGUGGACCUCUCCUCCCUUCGCGGCCGAUCCGUUAUGAUUCUAGGCGGAGCUUCAGGAUUGGGCCUUGCCAUGGCCAAACGCUUCGCCCAUGCAGGGGCCCACAUCACCAUCGCAGAUCUCAAUGUCACAGGUGGCACCCGUGCCGUUAAGGAUCUUCAAGCGCAAGGGCUCUCGGCAACGUUCGUGGGCUGCGACACGGCCGACCAUUACAGCUCUAGACUAGCUUUUGACCAUGCGCUUCAGACGUCGCCAAACAACUCCAUUGACGUUACGGCGUUGGUCGCGGGCGUCAUAGGUGAGACGGGAAGUCUGGUCGACAAAGUCCUAGAUUCAUAUCGCAAGAAACAUCUCGCCCCGCCUGAGUUAUACCAUUCGGCUUUGGACGUCAACCUUCUUGGAGUGUACCAGUGUGCCUAUCUGGCCUUGUGGUAUAUGAAGAUCGAACAGCACGGGUCUGGCGGACAGGCGAAAGACGAGGGGUUCUCCAAGUCGCUCAUCUUUGUGAGUUCGACAGUUGCUUACACAGACGUUGGGAACUUUGCCGAUUAUCAUGCUUCGAAGUUCGGCGUCCGUGGCCUUUUCCGUGGCCUACGCCACGAGACUCCCCGCCUCAACAUUCGCACAAAUUGUCUCGCGCCUUACUUUAUGCGUACUCCGUUGGUCGAGAACGCACUGGAUACAUUUGCCGCUGCAGGCAUGGAACCUGGGAAAGGAUUCACCUUUGUGGAUGUUGAAUCUGUGGUUGAUGUGGCGGGCCGAUUCGCGGUGGAUGAGAGCUUGCAUGGGCGCGUCGUUGCAAUCCUCCCGGAUCCGCAGGGCGCUGUCGAUUUGAGAGACGAUGAGGAGGGACUGUGGGCAGGGAAGGUGUUCAAAAUGGUGCAAGACCAGAGGAGGGCGGUGGGGGAUAUCAUUUAG